UGGCACUUUCUCACACUCGGACUCGAACUCGGACAGCGCUGGAUAUUAAUUAACCAUGGAAAAAUAGCGAAACUGACCAUUAACAGCGGAGAAACAGCCGAGGACAAUGGAAGGGAAUGAUAGUUGAAAAGGUCAGUCGCAACGACGGCCAAAAGUCCCAAGACAAACGGCCAGCUGUGCAAAUGUCAAGACUCGCUGGAAUAUUGCUAUGGCUUCACUUCUUGUGGAGCCGGCGAAGGUUCUACAAACUGAUGCUUGAAAUACCAGGACCCAAGGGAGUUCCUUUCCUCGGCACAGUACCCGAAUAUGUUAUCAAUAAACUCCAAAUUAUACAAAGAACGAAGCAUAUGGACAUAUACGGAUCUACUAUUUUAAUUUGGAUGGGUAUAAAUCCAGUUUUGUUAACUCGGGAUCCAAAAAUUGCUGAGGAUAUUCUUAUAUCUUCACAGUGCCUUAAUAGAGCCUCCAACAUAACAAAGCCAAUUUCUGAUACUUUUGAGUCGGGACUGCUAACACUUAGAGAACCGGAAUGGCAGCAGCGUCGAAGAAAUUUGAACUCCUCCUUUAAACCUAAUUUACUUCUAAACUUUGUGCCCAUUUUUAAUUCGGAGGCGACAAUAUUGGUCAACAUAAUGGAUAAUUUUGUGGGUCAAAAGGAUGUCCUGCCUCACUUACUAAGAUGGUCAUUCAGAACUGGUUGUCAAACCAUAUUGGGGACUGAAGUCAAGGAAGAUUUAGACAACACUCUCAUAGAAUCUUGGCAAUCGGUUUUGAGAUCUAUCAUGCUAUGUAUAGCUCUGCCUUUCCCUCGAAACAAAAUUUUUUCAAGCAUAUUCGGAUUUGAAAGACGCAGAGCAAAGCACUUGGAUAGGCUCAACGCAUUUAUGGACGACAUUCUUCAACAAAAGCUUCGCAAAAUCUCGCAAAAUGAGUUAGAUUCCCCAAUUGUAAUAAACCGGCUGGUUGACCUUUUUCGAAGUGGCCAAAUAGGUUACAACCACAUAAAGGGAGAAUGUAAUAGUACGAUAAUUGCUUCAUUAGAAACCACAGCUCUUACGGUCACACAUACUCUUAUUCUCCUGGCCAUGUUCCCUGAGUACCAGGACAUUACUUUCGAGGAGCUCAAGAUGGUCUUUCCGACUUCUGGAGAGUUCGAUGUGACCACCGAUGACCUUAAAAAAUUAGUGUAUAUGGAUCAGAUUUUAAAUGAAACUCUCCGUCUAAUACCCCCCGUUCCGGUCGUAAUGCGAGAGGCAAAGAAUGAUUUUCGGCUCUCGAAUGGAGUCCUUGUUCCAAGAGGAGUAGCAAUGACUGUAGAUAUCUUCAACACUCAUCGCAACAAAGAUGUAUGGGGCCCCUCUGCCGACACCUUUAAUCCAGAUCACUUUCUUUCCGAAAACAUUCGUGAUCGUCACCCUUAUGCGUUCAUACCAUUUUCGAAAGGAAGAAGAAAUUGCAUAGGUGGCAGAUAUGCCCUAAUGUCUGCAAAGAUUGCCUUGGCUAAGAUUCUCAGGAAUUACAAGUUAAGAACAAGUUUUCGGUAUGAAGAUCUCGUUUUCAUCGACAACAUAGGAAUAAAGCUGGAUAAAUUACCAUUACUAGAUUUUCAUCCAAGGACCUAGUCUUGGCCAAACUUAAAAAAAAACCUUGAAAUUAGCUAUAGAAUUUUUUAAUUAUGUAUCAGAAGUAUGCGAAUUUGAAUCGUCAUGAACAAACAGAACUCUUUUAAAACUGACUUUGCUAUUUGUAUUGCAGCGAGAACACAUUUGAACUCCUUGGACUUUAAACUUAUUUAGUUAAAUUAUUAAAGUUCAGCGUUUCAAGACAUAAACUAAAGUUCACGUAUCUAAUGUUUUUAAAAUAAAACCAGGUCAAAAUUUUCUGCGGAGAGCAUUAAAAUACAAAUAAUUAAAAUAAAACUUGAAAGCCAUCUUUAUAGCUACUUUUUAUAUAAAAGCUUGAUUCAGAGGUUGGUAUUAGAUUAGUUACCCAAAAAGUGUUGAGGUGUUUAAUUCCCGAUAUCUCCAAAGUACACCAGCUCAAGCAUCAUGCCUCUUUUGGUUUUCGCUGGAUUAUUAGUGUUAAUACAAUUCUUAUGGAGUCGGCGGAAGUUUUAUAAGCUAAUGCUUGAUAUACGCGGACCUAUAGGACUGCCAUUUCUCGGCUCCGCUCAUGAAUAUUCAAUAAAUAAACUAAAUAUGAAUCAGAGAACCAAGUAUAUGGACAAGUAGGGCUCAACAAUUUUGGGUUGGGCUGGUAUCCAACCAAUUGUAGCUACUCGAGAUCCCAAGAUCGCUGAGGAUCUUCUUACUUUACCGCAAUGCCUAAACAGAAGCUCGCGGGUAACAAAGGCUAUGGAAAGUAUCUUUGGACGGGGAAUGUUGACUCUUGAAGACACUGCCUGGGCUGAACGUCGAAAAUGUAUGAAUGUCAGUUUUGGUCAAAAUGUUUUGCUCAGUUUUAUUCCCAUUUUUAAUUCCGAGACGAAAACCUUGGUAACUGAAAUGGAAACUAUAGUGGAUCAAGAUGGAACUGACAUCUUGCCGUACUUAUUCAGAUGGGCAUUCCUUGUAGCUCAUA